AUGCUAUGGUUGUCAACAGCUCGUGACCCGAACCCGCUGGCCAUGCUCCAAAUGCAGAGCGGGCUGCGGGAGAACGGGGUGUGGACAGGACACGUGCUUUUUGAAGCUCGAGACGACCCCUGCAAGGAGAAAACCGUCCUUUUCCGGACUACUGCAGCAGGUCCGCAACUCUACAGUAUCCACGGAUUUCCGCUCGUCUCCUGCAAACGCGUUUUUUGGAUGCAA